UUGUUGGAGCGGCGGUGCGACGCGCGCGCGCUGUGCUGUGCUUCUUCCCGCCUCCUCCUUCUCCUCCACCUGCGCGGCUCCAUCUCUCGCUCUCUCUCUCUCUCUCUCUCUCUCAAUCCCGCGCGCGCGCCUCCGCGUCCUCAGCGCGAGGCAGCCCCGAAAGGCGCGCGAGCCGGAGAGGCGCCAUCCGCGAGAGAGGAGCCCAGCUGUCAGGGAAAGAAGGAGAAGGAAGGAAGGAAGGAUGGGCGCCUCCUCAGCAGCAGCAGCAACAGCAAGAGCAGCGACGCCGACGCCAGAGCAUCAGAGCCAGCGUCGGAGGCUGAGUUAGGCGAGGCUAAGGCUCCCUUUUCGCCCUCCUAUCUCGCGUCCUGACUGGAGGGCCGGACUCUGAGGGGGCGCAUCCCUCCUCUCCUCCUCCGCCCGGCCGCUGAGGCGACGCCGGGGGCGAGGCGGGCCCAGGGGGAGGAGGGGCGGGCGCCAGGGCCCCCGAGGGCUGUUCUCCUCCAUCCUCUUCCUCCUCCUCUUCUUCUUCUUCUUCGCCUUCCUCUCUGACUGAGAAGAGGCACGGCUGGGUCUCCCGCGCGGCUGCUGUUCCUCCUCCUGCUGCUCCUCCUCCUCCUGCUUCUCCCCGCGGCUGCUGCUGCUGCUGUCCGGCCGUGCGCCGGGGCCGGGCUCGCGCGCCUGCCUUCCGGAGAGGCGCCGCCGCCGCAGCACGAUGGCCGGGGAUGGGCUCGGCGGCGGGCGCUGGCGGCGGCGGCAGCAGCGGCGGCGGCAGGAGCUCCCCGGAGCCCCGGCGGCGUGCCUUGCCCGGUGUUAGCCAUGGCAAAUGGCAGCGGCGGCGGCGGAGGAGGAGGCGGCGGCGGUGGCGGCGGCGGCGGAGGCGGCUCCAGUGGCUCCAGUAGCAGCAGCUACUACUCGGGAGGCGGCGGCGGCGGAGGCGGCGGCGGGGGCAGCGGCAACAUUAGGAUGAGCAGCCCCGUCGGGAGCAGCCUCAACGCGGACUCGUCCUCGGCGCCGGGGGCCCGCCCGUCCAACGCGCUCAUCAUCCCCAUCACCAUGGAGGUGCCCUGCGACAGCGGGCAGCGCAUGUGGUGGGCCUUCCUGGCCUCCUCCAUGGUCACCUUCUUCGGGGGACUCUUCAUCAUCCUGCUCUGGAGGACCCUCAAGUACCUGUGGACCGUCUGCUGCCACUGCGGGGCCAAGGAGAAGGAGGUCCAGAAGAUAAGCGUCCCUGCAGAAACCCAAGCAGAUGGGGACUUGAAACCCACAGAUGAAAAAGAGGAAGUAGUGGCAGCAGAAGUGGGCUGGAUGACCUCUGUUAAAGACUGGGCAGGGGUGAUGAUUUCAGCCCAGACCUUAACUGGCAGAGUCCUUGUUGUUUUAGUCUUCGCUCUUAGUAUUGGUGCUCUUGUAAUAUACUUCAUAGAUUCGUCAAACCCAAUAGAAUCUUGCCAGAAUUUCUACAAAGAUUUCACGUUACAGAUAGACAUGGCUUUCAACGUGUUCUUCCUACUCUACUUUGGCUUGCGUUUCAUAGCAGCCAACGACAAGCUGUGGUUUUGGCUGGAAGUAAACUCGGUGGUAGAUUUCUUCACGGUUCCUCCAGUGUUUGUUUCAGUGUAUUUAAACAGAAGUUGGCUGGGUUUAAGAUUUUUACGAGCUCUUAGACUGAUACAGUUCUCAGAAAUUUUGCAGUUUCUGAAUAUCCUUAAAACAAGUAAUUCCAUCAAGUUGGUGAAUCUGUGCUCAAUAUUUAUUAGCACAUGGCUGACAGCAGCUGGAUUUAUACAUUUGGUGGAGAACUCAGGGGAUCCAUGGGAAAACUUCCAAAAUAACCAAGCGCUUACAUAUUGGGAAUGUGUUUAUUUACUAAUGGUUACUAUGUCCACUGUUGGUUAUGGAGAUGUUUAUGCAAAAACAACCCUUGGUCGCCUUUUCAUGGUCUUCUUCAUCCUCGGGGGAUUGGCCAUGUUUGCCAGCUACGUCCCUGAAAUCAUAGAGUUAAUAGGAAACCGCAAGAAAUAUGGUGGUUCCUAUAGUGCGGUUAGUGGAAGAAAGCACAUUGUUGUCUGUGGCCACAUAACGUUGGAAAGUGUGUCCAACUUCCUGAAGGACUUCCUGCACAAGGACAGGGAUGAUGUGAACGUAGAAAUCGUCUUUCUGCAUAAUAUCUCCCCUAACCUUGAGUUGGAAGCUCUUUUUAAACGACACUUCACUCAGGUGGAAUUUUUUCAGGGUUCAGUUCUCAAUCCGCAUGACUUGGCUAGAGUAAAGAUAGAGUCAGCAGACGCGUGCCUAAUCCUUGCCAACAAAUACUGCGCUGACCCAGAUGCUGAGGAUGCCUCCAAUAUUAUGAGAGUAAUUUCCAUAAAGAAUUAUCAUCCAAAAAUAAGAAUAAUUACCCAGAUGCUGCAGUAUCACAAUAAGGCCCAUCUGCUGAAUAUCCCAAGCUGGAAUUGGAAAGAAGGGGAUGAUGCAAUAUGCCUUGCAGAGCUCAAGCUGGGCUUCAUCGCCCAGAGCUGCCUGGCACCAGGCCUAUCGACAAUGCUGGCCAACCUCUUUUCCAUGAGGUCAUUUAUAAAGAUUGAAGAGGAUACGUGGCAGAAAUACUACCUGGAAGGAGUUGCUAAUGAAAUGUAUACAGAGUAUCUUUCUAGUGCCUUUGUUGGUCUGUCAUUCCCUGCUGUUUGUGAAUUGGUUUUUGCGAAGCUAAAGCUCUUAAUGAUAGCCAUAGAAUACAAGUCGGAACAACGGGAAAGCAGAAGCCGAAAGCGUAUAUUAAUCAAUCCUGGAAAUCAUGUGAAGAUUCAAGAGGGCACUUUAGGAUUCUUCAUUGCAAGCGAUGCCAAAGAAGUAAAAAGGGCAUUUUUUUACUGCAAGGCCUGUCAUGAUGACAUCACAGAUCCCAAAAGGAUAAAAAAAUGUGGCUGCAAACGACUGAUCUAUUGUGAGUAAAAACGGGUUCCCUGUAGCCCAGAGUGCAAUCCAACCUGUCUUUCUUCCAGUAGAGAGUAUCCAUUUGUUCAGUAUUCUGAUUCUUUUAUGUUGCAUGUAGCAGUGGUGUCUCACACCUACACCUUUCUCAUUCUUUAUGCCCACAUGGGUCAGAGUGAUGUUGAAGAAAAUACAGCAGUCUUUCAGCUUGUUUUCCUCUGGCCUUUUCUGUCUCCCCACCUGCACUUCCAACCAACUGUACUUUUUCCUAGUUGCAAAUCAAAUGUAUGUUUCAUCUAUAAACAUUCAAACAUUUCGAAUGUUCUGUUAUUAGGGAAUAGCUGGGAAAAAUUACAACCUAUGUUUCUUAUUCGGUCAUUUAAACAAAAUUUGUUACUGAACAUGUCUUCAAAAUAUUAUAUUUGGAGCAUGUCUACAGCAUCAAAUUUAUUUAACAGCAAUUUUCUCUUGCCUAGGGCACCCCGAGCAUUGUAGGUCUAAGCAGGGUUAAAAAAUUUCUAAGCUAUCCUCAGCCAUUGUAAAUUUGUGUUGUAGGUAUAUUAUUAGUCUCUUCUGUUAUGCAGAUCUGCACAAUGUACAAGGGAGACAAAACACUGUGAUAUCAAUCCUAUUCUUAAGCUUAACUAGAGUAAACCCACUGAAUCAUUUUAAGUCAAUGCUUAGAAAAAGUUCAGUUAAUUCAUUGUGUUUACUCCAGUUGGAACUAUUUUUGGGAUUAAUCUAUAUGUCUCACAGAUGAGAGGGGAACGGUAAGUGUCCUCUUGGCUUGGAGAAUGUUAAAUGUCUUAAUCAGAUGGGCAGAAGCUGUAUUACUUUGUUCUCAAUCUUUACACAGAUACCAAUUGUAUGAUAGGAAGAUUUACAGUAAAAUCCUGCUCAGAUGACUGGGAUAUUUUAGUGUUCCUCAAGAUUCAAAGGAGCAACUUAUAGAAAAGUGUUUCUUCCAUAAUUGUGAUACCUCAGUGGAACCUAAUCUGGAUAUAAUAUUUCCACAUAUUAAGAAAAGUGGGUCCAAAUUAGUCCAGUUGGCCAAUUGCCAUGUUUUAGUUACUGUAGGAACUCAUGGGGCUCAGAGCAGCAAGACAGGACUGGUGAUAUAGCAGCAAGGAGUGAUCCUGUCGAGCAAUUUGCUUCAAACUAAACUAAAACCUCCUUAUACUUCCAUUCAGAACCUCUCUCUCAGGUGCCAUAUAAUGAAACUGCAUUAUAUUGUCAGUGUAGACUCAUGUAAUUCAGUUCAAUGCCAUUAAAUUGCAUUAUACGAGUCUACACUGACAUGCAGUUCCAGACUGCAUUGUAUGUCAGUGUAGAUGGAGCCCCAGAGACUCCAUCCCAUAUUUGUUAAGUGGAAAGCUUUAAGAAACAGGAUUUUGGCUGUGAGGUUUUCUCUUUUUCAUAUUUCCCAAGAACUCACGAAGCUCCAUAGAUUGUGGAGCAUUUGAAGGUCCAUGUUGCUAAAGCUGUACUCAGGAUCCAUUAUGAAUUGUCUGAUUUGAGGGUCUCUAGCAUCUUUGGCAUAAAAACCUCCCAAAUCCUGGACUUGGACUUGCAAUGGUUAAGCAGUGUGCUUUCUCCACUGGCCCUAGUGGGUAUCUAGCCUUUAUAUCUAGGUGUAUAUCUACACUGUAGAAUAAAUGCAGUUUGACACUAAUUUAAGUGCUAUGUAUCACUGAGAUGGAAUAAUCGGAGGCAUAGUCUUACAAAUUUUUAGUCUCUACCAAAGAGUUUGGUGCCUCACUAAACUACAACUCCCAUGGGUAUAUACCAUUUCGCCAAGGCAGUUAAAGUUUUGUCAAACUGUAUUUAGUUUACAAUGUAGAUGCGCCCUAGAUCACUGACUAGAAUCUAGGGUCAUGAGAGGUGCAUAUCAUCAUGACUAAGAGGCACUAGGGACUGCUGAUGCACAAUUUCAGAUUAUUAUUUUUUUCCGUGUCAGGAGCAACUUGAGAAACUGCAAGUCGCUUCUGGUGUGAGAGAAUUGGCCGUCUGCAAGGACGUUGCCCAGGGGACGCCCGGAUGUUUUAAUUUCAGAUAGUGUAACUAUUUCCACAAUGGUUUUUGUUCUAGUGUUGCACUCCAACAGAGUAUGGCCUCCUUUCAUCUUAACAAACAUUUUAAAUCAGGGGUAUUUUUAAAAAUCAUUUUGCUUAAACAAAUUUUCUGUACUAUGACAUUUCCUGAGAUUUCUCCUAGUGGGUCUUAAUUUGUAACCAAUUUUAUGUUUAACAAUUAGUGGCUGCUAAUCCUAGAUUUCUGAUUGACUAUGUGAAAUAAUUUUGCAAAACGUAUAUAAUAUAAAGAAUAUUUUGUAUAUUCUACAUUCUAAAACAGCCUUAGAUAGAGCUGUAUCCUAUUGGAAUAGAAUAGAAAAACAACAAUUUAAGACCAGACUCAACCUUUCUGUAAAUGCAUAAUUGCAUUUGGAUGUGUUUGCGUGCUUUUUAAAUAGUCCUUUGGGGAAGGAGGUACAUUAUAAGUGAAAUUAGAGCCGAAAUGGAAGGGAGUCAAUCCUUUCCCCUUGCUGUAAUCCUAAUGAAAUCCCCUCUCUUCAGAUGACCAAACUACUAUCGGUACCUGGUACCUGCAUUUAUGUCCAUCCCAUGCCAAAUAGGAGCCAAAUAGAGCUGUAGUGUAGGGACAAAGUGUUAAACCCUCUAUCUGUCCACACUCCAACCCAAAUACAAAUCAGGGCCUUUUCUGUGUUUUAAUUGAAUACAUACAUAAAUGCAUGCAAAGACAUAGUUUAAUGUAACAUGUAGAUUAUCCAAGAAGGGUCUAAAGAGUAUGUAGUAUAUACUUCCAGGGUAGAUUAGACCAUCUUUCUAUUUGCUGCAGGUUUGAAGGAAAAUAAGAUUGGGGCUUUAAGAACAUAUUCCUAGAAAUAAUGAAGUGAUGAUGAUUCAUACAAAGUUUCAUAUAAAGUUGUUGGAAUGAAUUAUAGGAGAUUAGAUUUGCCAAAUAUUUCAACCAUUUUUACAUUUUUCAGUCUCAUUGUUAGUUGGAAACCUGACAAGUUGCCAUGUGUACACUUCAAAUUUAUAAAUGAUAAUUGAAAUAUUUCCCUGAAUAAAAAUAUCUAUCCAAAUUUGUGUGGCUCAUUGUAGGGAGCAUAUUUCCUAGGAUUUAGACAUUAAGUAGGAAAGUGCUGUAGCAUGGAAGGUUAAAAUUAAUGUGCACACACCUCUUAACCAGGGCUCUUUGCAUGGCAUAGCCUGUUCUGGCUGUAAAAACACAUCUGUAGCAUUUCUCAAAAGGACAUGAUCACAUGUAAUGCCACAUAUACAUUCUCAUUCAGUAAUUAAUCAAAUUUGAGACUUUCCAGCCAUGAACAAUUUGAAGCUCACACAAGAUGAUCAGCCUUGUCUUAUACAAAAUGCAAAAAGAAUUCACUAGUGUGACUUUGGGGGGGGGGGGUGUUAAACCUUUCUCUAUUUAAUGAGAGUUCACUUUUCAGGACAUUGGCCCCCAGUAUUUCUCAUUAUCUGACAUACCUUCUCUUACUUGCAUGCGUGCACGCACGCACGCACACACACAGAGGAAAGGAAUGAGGGAGAAUCCAUGUAAGAAUAGGCAUUUUUUGCCGAUAGGAAUUAAAUCUGAAUACUUUUAUUGGAAAUUAGAAUUUGUUUCUCAAAUUUCCAGAGGAGAAAUCAAUUCUUGGCAUUUCUCACUAACUGUAGUUAUGUAGUCUCAUCCCAGAAUGAGAAACUGGACUUCUCAUGAAGGUCCAUUCUAGGAUGGCAGGAGGAGUAAUCCAUUAUGAUUGGAUUUAACCCUUAUGUGUACCAACUGGAAUAUCAGAUUCCAACAUUAUUUUUCAAUUGAGUCAUUAAGCCCCUGCCCCCUUCUCCAACAGUCUUGUUAUCAUGUCUUAAGGUAAGGUAAAGGUUUUUCCCCUGACGUUAAGUCCAGUCGUGACCGACUCUGAGGGUUGGUGCUCAUCUCCAUUUCUAAGCCGAAGAGCUGACGUUGUCUGUAGACACCUCCAAGGUCAUGUGGCCGGCAUGACUGCAUGGAGUGCCGUUACCUUCCCGCUGGAGCAGUACCUAUUCACAUUUGCAUGUUUUCUAACUGCUAGCUUGGCAGGAGCUGAGGCUAACAGCGGGCGCUCAUUCCGCUCUCAGGAUUUGAACCUGGGACCUUUCGGUCUGCAAGUUCAGCAGCUCAGCGCUUUAACACACUGCGCCACCACCAGAGGCGCAGUGUGUUAUCAUGUCUUAACUAACCUAAAUUCUCAGAACAACUUUUACUUAGCAGGUAAUUUUUUGGGUAUUUGUUUGUUAUUUUUCCUAAGGAGGGCAUGGAUUGCUUCUCCUGCCUUCCCUGUUGGAGAAGGGGACAGGGACUCAACUGAAAAAGAAUAUUGGUUUUGGACAUUCCCGUAGGAACACCUGGUGUGUGUGUGUGUGUGUGUUAAACUCAAAUGUAGUGGAUGGCUCCUCCUUGAUGAUGUAACUGUGAAGAAUCAUUGGAUCCAGUGUCUUCAAGUCUUCAAAAUUGCAGUUUUGAUACCUGUUUGCAAAUCAAGACUUAUUCUGAACAAAAUGUACAUAUUUGUGUGCAGAAAAAAUAUUUGCAGCACACAUUAUUUUCUGUAUAGAAAGUACAUAAUGUCCCUAUCACUGAUGGUAUGCGAUAUGUGUUGCUGGUCUGCCGCCUCACCACAGUGAAGCAGUCUCCAGCUCUUAAAGGGCCAAUUCCAUUAGUAGCCUCUGAUUGCACCAUGGUCCCAGGUCUUCCCAGUGAGAUGAGAUCCGGGCACCUUUGUGGACACAUGCCCUCCUCAUCCCUCAUUGUAAAAGUACACAACACUUCUAAAUGGCAAGUAAUGCUUUUUUAAACAUAAUAUGCAAUUACGGCGUCUUUUAAAAAGUGAAAAAUGAAAGGGGAGAAGAGACACAGUAGGAGAGCAGUAGGAGAGAAGUGCAAACUCGGACUGCCAAAACCUGGCAGUCCUGCAGCAAUGGGAAGAAGACAGUGAUAGUGAUUGUAAAUAGCUGCUAUCCCAGGUCGCAGAGGUGCCGUGGGAGGGUGACUUCAUGCAGUAAUGCCCUUACACAGUACAAGGUCUGUGUUUUGUUUUUAAAAAAUAAAUAUUCAAACACUUCAUUCAGUAGGCUUUUACUGACAUGGUGAUGAUGUCUCCAUGGUAUUUAGUGCUGCACUUAAAAACAUAAAUGUAAAUAUUUAUUUUAAGUCUAUUUAUUAAUGUAUAACGAAAGAAAGAAGAUGAAUAUCCAAAAGUUAAGCAUUUUCUUAAAAACUUUAUGCAAAGAUAUUAUAAAACAUUAGAGAAACUCUACAAUAGAACGGUCAAUCUGCUCCUUUUUGUCCUCCUGUAAGUUAAGUGACUGCAGAAACUUGACAGCUGGCAAAUGAUGGGAAAUAGCAAUAAUAUUCCUUUUAACAAACAUUAUUUUAAGUUAGAACUUUUCAAAAAGUAGUGAAAGAAGCACAAACAGUCUGAUGGACAACUUUUGGAUUUACUGGAAUACUGUGGAAUUGGUGGGGGUCUGCCUUUUCAGUACAGAACAAAUCAACCAUCACAGUCAGUUUUAAGACACACUGCUGUAUUUUUUCAAGGCUGAAACUGUGCUGUGGGGAAACCUUUGCAAUUCCUUAGGCUAGUGGUCUUAACCAACAUCACCAAAAGGCAAAUUAAACCAAUCUAGCUGUUCCCUUAACAUUGCAGUUCUGUUGUGGUCAUAAAUUGUUUGUUUCAAUUUCAAACUUUUCCCUUUGUUGUCAUUUACCUCUUGCUGUGAAUCAUAAGAAAAGCUGAAUUGAAAUGACAUAGUACCUAGCUAUUUCAAUUUUUAAAGGCAGUGUAGCUCCUCCUCCCUCCCACCUUUUAUUUUACUCACCUCAAGUAAAAAACAAAAAACAAACAAACCAAAAACCAAGUUUUUUUAGUCAACUGCUGUUUGGUAUAGAUCCACUAGAUGUCAUCAUAGAACUACUUUUUGUUACCAUUGAUGAUUAUGUACCAGUGAAGCAGAGGAGUGGUAACAUCAGAGAGACAAUGGUCACAAAAAGAGAGGUAAUCAGCAGAGAAGGAGCCUUUAUUCUGGUUUACCCUACUUGACAAAUUAACAGUGUUGCGUAGUGCUCAGAUGACUUCUUCCAAAGUUGUAAUUAAGAAUGGUUGACUCCUGCAGAGUUUUCAAAUGUGGCAUAAGUACCACGACGUCCAGAUUAUUGAAGCUGCACAGAAGACCCCCCCUUCCUUUCUGCUGAUUGCCAUAUUCAAUUAGCAUUUAUGGUGGUUUAAUGGGAAACCAUGUGUGUCUGGCUGCACAAUCUUUACUCAUUCCAUCAUGUCUUAAUAUGUUCAGCAACCAUUUUAUCUAAUAUGCCAUCUUGUUCUAUGUGUGAUGUGUGGGCGCAUUUAAAAUAUUUACUUCCCUCUUCUCUUCGGUGUGGAUGCAAAAUGACUGUGUUAACAGGAAUGAAGAGUAAUAAGCACGUUGCCUUACAAACUGUGUUUUUCUGAUAUGUGAUUGCUCAUGUAAUGAUUAAUGAAAAACUUCAUAGCAAAUCAGUCUGACAAGUUUGUUAACAGAUUUAAGACUGUUUCCUGCAUGUUAACAAAAUGAAUUAUAAAAUGAUGCAUGGUCUCCAGAGUAACUGAUAGCGAUAAUUAAAAACAGUCCCUGAAAUGCAUUGGAUCUUAAAAUAUGCCUUGUGCCCGUUCCAUUAUUGAGCUUAAUAAUAUAAAUUCUUGUUGAAAAAAAAUAGUUCUUAUUUGUUAUCCUCUCCUGUUUACCCUUUCCCCAAUGUCUUAUUCUAUUACUGCAUUUUGACAAAAUACAGCUUAGAUGGAAAUGAAUACCAGGGACUGUUACUAACCAAAAUCAAAACAGAUAAAACUGGUGGUUAUUUUGGUUUUACUACAGCAUUUGAUUAGUAGAAAUGUUUCCUUUAGAAGCAAAAAGGGCUUUCUUAAAAAAAUGUAGUAAUGUUGGGACAAAGAUCAUCUUGCUGACCAAAUAAAUAUUUGAUCUGGUUCCUCCAGCACCUUUUAUGGAGUUUGGAAGAAAAAAAUAUGGGGAGAGGUGGAAACCAGUCUAUUCUUUGAACUAUUUUGGUAGUCUGAACAGCUACCUAUCAAAAGCUGUACUAGAACCCCAGUUAUUUUAUAAAUCAAGCACUGGAGUAUGAUCUAUGGUGUUCUGAUGAAGCCUGAUGCUGCAUGUUGACAUAUCUGAACAGCUGCAAGGUAACUCAAAGAGAAUGCUAAGAGCACAUGCCACAUGAAAUGCAAGUGAGGUUUUAGAGGAACUUAGUCACUCCUAAAGAAAUCACUCAUUCAUCUCCCUCAAUGCCUGUUUUCCCACAACCAUAAUGUUAUCCCUUGCUUGACAAAUAUACUGUGUACAGCAAGUCAUAGAGGCCUUAGAACAGGGCUUGACCCAUUUGGGGUGAUUUAUAUCCUUAUUCUUACUUUAAAAAGCCAAUGGGAAAUGUUUCAAAUUUUCAUGGAAUUAUGAUUACAUCUAUGUAAGAUUACAAGCUAAUUUUAUUUAUUUAUUUUACUCUUUGGCCACAUCUGCUCUUUAAGGUUUGUGUUUUUUUGGCUGCCAGCAAUUUGUUUCAGUGUCACUAAAAUUAAAUUAAUCCAUGCUAAGCCAUUACCAAUAAAUAUGGUCCAGUGCCACAUGGGAAACAAUUGUAAGAUGUCCUUUUGUUUCACUUUCAUGUAUAACUUGAAAAGUAUUUUAAAAGAAUUGAACAAAUUAGACUUUUGCAAAGACAGCAUGUUUGAAAAGACUAAACGAAAUCACUUCAAAUUUGAUAGCUGUCAAUUUACAUUAAUCUCCAUCAGUAUGACUAAAAAUGUCUUGAACCUAUCUGAUGGUUUUUCAACUUGAUGUCUUGUGGUGGUUACAGGACUGAAGUGCACUGAUGUGUACCAAAGAGAAAGGAGGAUGGGGAUAAUGAUUGUUUCAUCAUGUUCCACUGGACCCAUAUUUAGUGUGCUGCGGUGAUGCCUUACAUGUGAACUGCCUUCAAUGUUGAACAUAUUUGCUGUUAGUUGCAGCAUCUCUUACAGGGACAGAAUUUGUUAUUCAUUCAAAUUUGUCUUAUUUCCUAAAAGAUUUAUACUCAUUAAAUGAAAUUAUGAUCUUCUCGGACAUUGUUUAAUUCUGAGAAAAAGAAAAAAUACUGUCAAGGCUCAAUGUAACUAAAGAAGCAGCCUAGACUGAAAUAAUUUUCAUAAUUGGCACCACCCCCUCCACCUUUCCCCCUUGGAUGGUUAUAGUGUCAGCAAGGGGGUGCGGAGUCUAUUCAAUUUUCUGCCUUUAUUUGAAUCUUUUUAUUUUCCUUUUGUUCAAAAUAAUAGUUUGUCCUGUUUCACCCCUAAAUAGAAUAUAAAGAACCAUUUAUCUUUCAUUUUACAUUUGAUGUACAACCAGAGUGUGACUGAUAAUCAGAAUGAUUUUCUUUUUUCUGGGUCAAGACUGUCAUAAACUAAGGCCUGUAUCUUAAAUCCCUUAAAUGACCUUCCAGCUGCAUUGUUAUCUCUAACCUUUCCAUUAACCUGCUGCUCUUCCUCUCCUCCCAUCCAACCCAUGG